UGGAAAUCUUUAUUUUCGAAACCCUAGAGAAGAUUAACUGAACCCCACUUCUUCUUCCACCCGAGGAACAACAUGACUGGUUUUGACACAAAUCACGAUGACCCAUCAAAGGUUUCACCUCUCGCAACCGAUGGUGAUAUACCUCAUGAUGCUGGAAAUGAUGUGAAGUUGAGUUCUAGGGACCAAAGAGAGGCUUUGGCAUGUGAACCUAAGUGUAUUAUAUGUGGCCGCUACGGUGAGUAUAUAUGUGAUGAAACUGAUGAUGAUGUUUGCAGUUUGGAAUGCAAACAAUCACUGCUAUGCAGAAUUGCCAAAUCUACCUCACCUGUUGGAGGCCUUCCACCACCCAGAAAGCUACCUGCAGCGGAUGAGUGCUUUUAUGUUAGGGAUACUGGUUGCGUAUCAGGAACUCCGUCAUUAGCUAGUGAUCAGGCUGAAUCGCUUAGAAAGAAACUCGACAUUCAUGUGAAAGGUGAUGUGGUGGCACCUGUAUUGUCAUUCAGUUCCUGUAACCUCCCUGACAAGCUCCUCCACAAUAUAGAAGCAGCUGGAUAUGACUUGCCUACACCUGUCCAGAUGCAAGCAAUCCCUGCUGCUUUGACGGGCAAAAGCAUGCUUGUUUUGGCUGAAACAGGAUCUGGAAAGUCUGCUUCAUUUCUUAUUCCGAUAGUUUCUCGUUGUGUGAGUCAUCGUCUGGCAUUUGUUUCAGAUAAGAAGAACCCUUUAGCUAUAGUGUUAACACCUACCAGAGAGCUCUCUAUACAGGUUGAAGAGCAUGCUAAAUUGCUUGGAAAGGGAUUGCCUUUUAAAACUGCACUUGUGGUUGGCGGUGAGGCCAUGGCUGGGCAACUCUACCGUAUUCAACAAGGAGUGGAAUUGAUUGUGGGAACCCCAGGAAGGCUUGUUGAUCUUUUAAUUAAGCAUGAGAUUGACUUAGAUGAUGUGAUGACUUUUGUUCUGGAUGAGGUGGACUGCAUGCUACAAAGGGGUUUUCGAGAUCAGGUCUUGCAGAUAUAUAGGGCUCUGUCACAACCUCAGGUCUUGAUGUUUUCUGCAACAAUGUCUAAUGAUUUAGAGAAGAUGGCAAACUCUCUGGCGAAAGCUACAGUUGUUAUCUCUGUUGGGGAACCUAAUAGACCAAAUAAGGCUGUGAAGCAGCUAGCAAUAUGGGUUGAGUCAAAGCAAAAGAAGCAGAAGCUGUUUGACAUUUUGGGGAGUGAGAAGCAUUUUAUGCCACCUGUGUUAAUAUAUGUCGGCUCCAGACUUGGGGCAGAUCUCCUGGCUAAUGCAAUCACUGUUGCCACAGGAAUUAAAGCAGUUUCAAUUCAUGGGGAGAAGUCUAUGAAGGAAAGGAGGGAAAUAAUGCAGUCCUUUUUGGUGGGUGAGGUCCCAGUGGUUGUGGCUACUGGAGUUUUGGGUAGGGGGGUUGAUCUAUUGGGGGUAAGACAGGUAAUUGUAUUUGACAUGCCCAAUUCCAUUAACGAGUAUGUACAUCAGAUUGGAAGAGCAUCUAGAAUGGGAGAGGAAGGUCAAGCCAUGGUUUUUAUAAAUGAGGAGAAUAAGAAUGUAUUUGCAGAAUUAGUUGAUGUUCUAAAAUCUGGUGGAGCAGCUGUGCCUCGGGAGCUUGUUAAUUCACGUUAUACCGCGGGAUUUUUCUCUGGUGUUAAGGGUUCAAAGAAGAGAAAGCAUAGAUGAAGUUUCUUGUUACUUGCUUGAUUCAAGCCUUAAUUUUGAUGUUGUCAACUUAGAAAGUGGCACUAGGAAAGACAUGCAUAUGUUACACUUUCAAAAGAAAGAUUUCUUCAUAUUAAAGUGUAGCAUAUCAAGUCAGGAGAUUUUAUGACAUAACCACCUUAUACCUUGGUAUGCUGAUAGAACCCAACCAAGAAAGAAAGAGAUCUAGAAAUUAAGAAGAAAAAAUUGUAUUAAUAUGGCUGAUUUCGGUGCUUACAGUGGUGAUGCAGCUGCUUACAAGGAAGAAAAAUAAGAAACAAAGACAUAACUGUGUGCAAAAAAAUAAAAUGACAAUCCAGUAGUGUUUGAGAGGCUACUGACUCUCCCAAGUCCCAGUUUUUCGUUACAUUCUCGAUACUCCCUGUCUCCCCUUCCUCUCCCUUUUAUCGUCUCUCCCAUAACAACCUCCCACUGACCCGUAACUGCCUUCACCCCCACAAUAUUCCCACUCAUUUGAUGAUUCUAUUUAGGGAAUUGAUCCCUUGUUACACCUCUAUAUUACACCUGCACUAAAGUUAGCUUCCUAUGGUUGGUUUCCUAUCAAUACUUCCACCAUAAGUGAUGCCAGUCUGGAUGACCAGCGUCUGCUACAGAGGUUGAAUGUCUAUGGUGUAUGCGUUGUUAAAGUACCGGGCGUUGGAACUGUCAGUUCCGUGCACUUUCAGAUCAGCUGUAUAGGUCACCUGAACACCACAGGCAUGUCCAUAAAGAGAUUGUAAAACAGCUCAAAGAUCACUGCUCCUUACGUGAAUGCUAUGUACCAAUGAAGUACAAACAAUAUCACGAGAAAAUGAGCUGGAGAAUGGGGGGACCACAUUACCUAACAGGCAGCAUUGAUAAGAACUGUGGUCGAGCUUCCGGUCUGAAGUUCAUUACAAUUCACCGUAUGAAAUUCGAGAUGCACCAAUCCAGCAUAAACCAAGGCGGAAACACUGGUUGUUGUAGGAGAGGUAGAUAUAGGCAUUAAGGUCAUAAAAUUAGUGCUGUGUAACAUACAUUCUGUAUCAUUUUUUAGGUAAGGGAAAGGUCCACAAAACUCCCUUUCAACUUUGAGGCUUUGGCAAGUAGACCUCUGAACUUUCAAUUGACAAUUGACUCCUUUCAAAUU